CGUAAUGGGACUGGCUUCAACCUGAGCAAGCAGUAAGCGGUUUAACGGUGAAGGUGCACAGACGUCUCUCCUGCUCUGAAGGGAAGCAGCUACAUUUCUACCAUCUCAAUGGCUGACAAAAUAACACCAAGCUUUAAGGCAGCUGACCUGGUUAUCGAGCUGUCCUCCACUCUAAAGCCCAAACCGAACGUGAUUCCCUUCGGGACCGUCUUCACUGACCACAUGCUGACCGUAGAGUGGAAUGCGAGUGAGGGCUGGCAGGCUCCGCUCAUCAAGCCCUUUGGGAACCUGUCUCUCCACCCGGCCACUUCGUCACUACAUUACGCCAUACAGCUGUAUGAAGGGUUGAAGGCAUACCGUGGGGAUGACAACCAACUGCGCUUCUUCAGACCCAUGCUCAACUUGAAACGCAUGUCCAACACCGCUAAGAGAGCGUGUUUACCUGCCUUUGAUGAGUCAGAGUUUCUGGAGUGUAUCAAGCGACUGGUAGAGACUGACCAGGACUGGGUUCCUCACUCAGACUCAGGCAGUCUCUACAUCAGACCAACAUUUAUUGCCACUGAGCCCGCUCUGGGUCUAAGGAAGCCUGGCAGUGCCUUGCUCUAUGUGAUCUUGUGUCAAGUGGGCUCUUACUUCAAGAACAAGGCAGGGCCCCUGUCCAUGUGGGCCGACCCGAAGUACACACGGGCCUGGAAAGGAGGAACUGGAGAUUGCAAGAUGGGAGGGAACUAUGGCUGUUCCUUGUUCCCCCAGUAUGAAGCAGAGGAGCACGGGUGUCAGCAGGCGCUGUGGCUGUACGGAGAGGACCACCAGAUCACUGAAGCAGGCACUAUGAACCUCUUCCUGCACUGGAUCAAUGAGGAUGGAGAGGAGGAACUUGCAACUCCACCUUUGGACGGCCUCAUACUCCCAGGUGUGACCCGACUGAGUGUCCUGGAACUGACCAGGAAAUGGGGGGAGUUUAAGGUGACAGAGCGCUACCUGACCAUGAGCCAGCUGUGCUCGGCUCUGAAGCAGCAGCGGGUCAAAGGGAUGUUUGGCUCCGGUACUGCCUCCAUGAUCUGUCCCAUCGGUCACAUUGUUUACCAGGGAGAGAAAUUGCACAUCCCCUGCCAGGAUAACAACUCACUGUUGACUCAGCGGUUGACAAAGGAACUCACGGAUAUACAGUAUGGACGCACGCCCAGCGACUGGACUAUCCUGGUGUAGCAGCGACGAAGACGCCUCGAACACACACAGUGUGUGUGUACAAUAAGGAAGUGCUCUUACGCAAUAACCAAAUACUACUAUAUAACAAGAAAAACAAUGUAUAACAAUGUACGUGCAAUAUUUGUGUUCUGACUUGUUUAAUACUGUAUGCCGGCUCUGCGGCUAGCGUGUCACAGCGCUUUAUCUCCUUUUUAAGCUUAAAUUAAUGACAAACACACAAGUGUCCAGAAUAAUUAACAAAAGUAGGCUAAUGUCUCAUGCAAUACUGCACAAUAACUUACAGUAAUCUAGCCACCGUGGCUUACUCUGCUGCUUUCCAACCAAGGAUACAGCUGUGGCUGGGAUUGAACAUAAAAAAAGGGGAAAACAUAUAUGUGAGAUGUUAAAGUUACAGAGAAUUUCAUAUCACUUGGUAAGAGUUGCAAAGCAGCUACAAGAAGACUUUAUCUAAUUUUCCUAAUUAACACAUCUUCAUAUGGGUAUGGCAUGAAAAACAAAACCAUGCAGGGUGAGAUAUUCCUUAUGAUUGUCUGUCUUUUACAUUGCUAAAAAAUUAAUGU